UGAUAGCACUCAUGAAAUCUUAUGACAAAGGCUCUCACCACAGGUUUGACUGUAGUAUAAAAACCGAUGUAUAAAACAUAAACAAAAAAUUAAAAUGGAACGUUGAAAUUAGGAGGAAUGUCACUUGUAUAAAACCCCACCAAUCCACCGCCACAUCUCCACAACUCUCCCUUCAAAUUUCUUCAUACAAAAAAAUGACACGUGUCAAAGAAUUCUUCGCCGGAGUGUUAGAUUCCGGCAGGAACAUUGAUUUUUCUAAAAGAAGGAAGAAACUGUACUUGGCCAUUGUUGCGCCAGUCCUCCUUGUUGCUGCAGUCAUCGGAGUAGUCGCCGGAGUAAAAUCCCAUUCAGAUAGCUCCGAUGACCAUUCAGACAUAAUGGCCAUUACCUCUUCCGCUCAUGCCAUAGUAAAAUCUGCAUGUAGCAACACUCUACAUCCUGAACUGUGUUACUCUACAAUUGUAAAUGUUACUGAUUUCUCAAAGAAAGUAACAAGCCAAAAAGAUGUGAUUGAAUUGUCCUUGAAUAUCACUAUCAAGGCCGUUCGAAAGAACUUCUAUGCAGUGAAGAAACUCAUCCAAACUAGAAAAGGGUUAACCCCACGAGAAAAGGUUGCUCUGCAUGACUGCCUGGAGACGAUGGACGAAACACUCGACGAGCUGCACACGGCCGUAGAAGAUCUGGAGCUAUAUCCCAAAAAAAAAUCUCUGGUAGCACACGCGGAUGACCUGAAAACUCUAAUAAGUUCAGCAAUUACCAACCAAGAGACUUGCCUCGACGGUUUCUCUCACGACGAGGCCGAUAAGAAAGUCCGCAAAGUUUUGCUCAAAGGCCAAAAGCACGUAGAAAAAAUGUGCAGCAAUGCUUUAGCUAUGAUCUGCAACAUGACCAACACAGACAUUGCCAAUGAGAUGAAAUUAUCUGCCAACAAAAAUAACCGAAAGUUAAUAGAGGAUAACGUCGAGUGGCCGGAGUGGUUGUCCGCCGGAGACAGGAGGUUGUUGCAGUCGUCUACGGUGACGCCGGAUGUGGUUGUAGCUGCGGAUGGAAGUGGAAAUUACAAGACGGUGUCGGAGGCGGUAGCGAAAGCGCCGGAGAAGAGCAGCAAGAGGUAUGUAAUUAGAAUAAAGGCAGGUGUUUACAGGGAAAAUGUGGAUGUGCCGAAGAAGAAGACGAAUAUUAUGUUCAUGGGAGAUGGCAGAGACAAUACAAUUAUUACUGCAAGUAGGAAUGUGCAGGAUGGUAGCACUACCUUCCACUCUGCUACAGUUGCCGCGGUAGGGGAGAAGUUCUUGGCUCGGGACAUAACUUUCCAAAAUACAGCAGGGGCCGCGAAGCACCAAGCCGUGGCACUUCGCGUGGGCUCUGACUUGUCCGCAUUCUAUAGAUGUGACAUAUUAGCCUAUCAGGACACUCUCUACGUCCACUCGAAUCGUCAAUUUUUUGUACAAUGUAUAAUUGCUGGGACCGUUGAUUUUAUUUUCGGAAAUGGUGCUGCUGUUCUACAAGACUGUGAUAUUCACGCCAGACGUCCUGGUUCGGGCCAGAAGAACAUGGUUACGGCCCAAGGAAGAACUGACCCGAACCAGAACACUGGAAUUGUUAUUCAGAAAUGUAGAAUUGGUGCAACGUCUGAUUUGAGACCGGUUCAGAAGAGUUUCCCUACGUACCUUGGAAGGCCGUGGAAGGAAUAUUCGAGGACUGUGAUCAUGCAAUCGUCGAUUACUGACGUGAUUAAUCCUGCUGGGUGGCAUGAAUGGAAUGGAAAUUUUGCACUGAAUACUCUGUUUUAUGGGGAGUAUGCAAAUACUGGGGCAGGAGCAUCAACCUCAGGAAGAGUUAAAUGGAAAGGGUUUAAGGUAAUUACAAGUGCAACUGAGGCCCAAGCUUAUACCCCUGGCAGGUUCAUUGCUGGUGGUAGUUGGUUGGCCUCCACUGGCUUUCCCUUCUCUCUCGGUCUUUGAAACCGAGCGAGCGAGAGAGAGAGAGAGUAUUAUUUUGCUUCAAUUACCGAUUGUUGGUGCCAUUUUUAUUUAGCGAAAUGGUUAGUUUGAGCCAGCCAUGGAGAUCCGAGUGUGCAGGGCAAUGGCAUUUGGCUGAUGGCAAAAUAACAAGAUUCGUCCAUGAAUUGGAGUUGGAAUUAUGAGCUAUGAACUUCUAUUUGUGCCGAUGAAUUUCAACGAUGUAGAUGACAAUAUUAACUAUUGUGUGUAAUUUUUAUGUCAAGUGAAAAGCCAAUAUGGUAAUAAAAGAAGAGAAUUUUCAAAGUUCCA